AUGGGUUCAUGGCAUGGGUUCUUUGUUUGGUCACCCCCUUUGUUUGGUCACCCCCCACGGCUGUUGAAUCAGGUUGAACUUGUUUUAAAUUCAGUUGAUGUUGCCGCUGUUUUGUCCCCUGACGAUUUACCUUUUGUUCCUCAUGGUAUUAACUUGGGCUCUCUUAAUCCUCAUGUUGUCUCCCCUCGAGCUUGUCAUAGUACUGAUGGUCAUGGUUGUGCUGGUCCCUUGUUGUUGGUGGUGUCUACCCCGGCCGUUUUGGCUGAUAAUUCUUUAAAUCCUGUGGUUUUGGAUUGCCCGAAUGAGUCUGCUCUUGUUUCUAAUAAUGUGGGUGCGGGUGUUUGUGAGGGUUCUUCUUCUGCCACCUCCAGCUCGCCUCCUGUCAUGAAUGACUGUUUAGUUAAUAACAAUUUUGUGGAUGUACCUGGAAUUGAUGUACGUGUGCAUCUGGAUUGGCUUCAUGGUUCGUCCGAUUGUGAUUCUGAUUCUGUUUCUUUGGAAUCGAUUGAGGAAGAGGAUCCUGGGAACUCUUUUGCCUUGUUGCGUGAUAAACCACAGACGUGGUCGGUGAUGCAAAUAACUGUAAAGUAUCAGCCCGUAAGCUGCCUAUCAACUGCUACUACAAUGUCUUCUUCUCCAGCUCGCCGCUCAGCAAAUUUUAAGCCAACCAUUUGGGAUGAUAGCUUCAUACGAUCGCUGCCAAUUGAUUUCAUGGAAGAGAAGUAUAUAAAUCAAAGGAAUAAAUUGAAAGAGAAAGUGAGGAGUUUGAUUGGCCAGCAACAUGGCCUUAUCGAACAACUUGAAUUUGUGGAUGCCCUAUGCCAGCUAGGCCUUGAUUAUCAUUUUCAUUCGGAGAUCAAGAACCUAUUGUGUUUCAAUAUUUCAUCAAUGGAGGAUGAAAAUAAUUCAAAUGAAGAAAACAACCUUAAUGGCUCUGCUUUGCUCUUUAGGCUACUAAGAGAACAUGGUAUCAAUAAUGCUUCAAUACAAAGAGUAAAUGCUUUGAUUAGUUGCUUUAAAAAAGAGAGAGAAAACUUGAAUCAAAAUCAUGAACAUGAUGUCAAAGGAAUGCUUAGCUUGUAUGAGGCUUCAUACCUUGCUAUGGAAGGAGAAGAAGAAUUGGAAGAAGCAGGAAAACUUGCAAUGGAGCAUUUAAAAUGCAUUGAUAGAUCUUUACUUACACAACAAUUUAUUGAAGAAAUAGAUCACGCCUUGGAGUUACCUUUGCAUUGGAGAAUGUCAAGGUUGCAUACUAGAUGGUUCAUUGAUGCUUAUGGGAGACGAGAGAAUUUUAAUCCCACAUUGCUUGAGUUGGCUAAACUAGACUUCAAUAUGGUGCAGAGUAUCUAUAAGGCGGAGCUACAAGAAUUGUCCAUGUGGUGGAGAAAUCUUGGUCUUGUUUGUGAAGAGCUUGACUUUGUUAGAGAUAGAUUGGUGGAGAACUAUUUAUGGUCUUUAGGUAUUACAUUUCAACCUAAUUUUGGGAGAAGCAGGAAAGCAAUCACCAAGAUUAUCUGUCUUGCAACAACAAUUGAUGAUAUUUAUGACAUCUAUGGUACCUUGGAUGAACUAAAGCUCUUUACAAAUACUAUUGAAGAAUGGAAAAUAGAAGCAAGUCAACAACUUCCAGAUUACAUGAAGAUAUGUUUGAUCAUAAUUUUUAAUACAAUGAAUGAUAUUGUCACCUCAUUCUCACUAGAAAAAGCUUUGGAUAUUCUUCCAUGCCUAAAAAGAGCUUGGGUUGAUUCAUGCAAAUCACAAUUACUUGAAGCAAAGUGGUAUCACAAUGGAUACACUCCGACAUUGGAUGAAUACUUAGAGAAUGCUUGGGUUUCAAUAUCAGGAAAUUGUGCAUUAACUGCACCAUAUUGUCUAAGUGAUGACUUGACUAUUAAUUCUCUUAAUAGUUUUGAGUUUUAUCCACCUAUCAUUCGCUAUUCAUGCAUAAUUUUUCGGCUCUAUGAUGAUUUACAAACAUCCACGGAGGAGAUCAAAAGAGGAGAUGUUUCAAAAUCAAUUCAAUGCUAUAUGAAAGAGAAAAAUGUUUCAGAAACAGUUGCUCGAGAUUAUAUUAAAUGUUUAAUAAGAAUUUAUUGGAAAAAGUUGAAUCAUGAAUGCAUCACAUACUCAAAUUUCUUGGAGCCUUUUAGAAAAGCUUUAGUUGGUUUACCGAGAACAGCACAAUGCUUCUACCAACAUCGUGAUGGAUACGCAGAGUCAAAUCAUGAAACUAAGGACCAAAUCAAUUGUAUCAUAAUUGAGCCAAUUCCACUUUAA